GCACAAUCCUCCUGAGUCCUGACUCUACUGUACAGCAGGAUUUGGUGUCAGGAUUAUUGCUCAUGUCGCUCACAACACUCUCCAGACGGGCUGCUGCUCGCUCCCUCCAACCUGCUUCAACCGUCUUCAAUCGACCAUUCAGCACUCCUGUCAACGACGCCUUCUCACCCUUGUCGAGCUCGAGUACUCCUCCCCCGUCCCCAGAGGCCCAGAGUGCACUAUGGAACGCUGUCAAUGCCCGUGCUCCACGCUACGACUGGACGAAAGAUGAGAUUCGGGACAUCUACAAUACGCCGCUCAUGGAGCUGGCACAUCAGUCGGGUGUCUUGCAUCGGCGAUUCCAUUCUCCUUCGGCUGUGCAAAUGUGCACGUUAAUGAAUAUCAAGACCGGAGGUUGUAGUGAAGACUGCUCGUACUGUGCUCAAUCAUCCCGCUACAACACUGGGCUAAAGGCCACAAAGAUGUCGCCAGUCGAUGAUGUCCUCAAUGCAGCACGGAUAGCCAAGAGUAACGGUAGCACAAGGUUCUGUAUGGGAGCUGCUUGGCGAGACAUGCGGGGACGCAAGACCAGCCUCAAGAACGUCAAGGCCAUGGUUGAAGGGAUUCGCGCCAUGGACAUGGAAGUCUGCGUUACGCUUGGCAUGAUUGAUCAGAACCAAGCGGAUGAGCUCAAAGAAGCCGGCCUUACGGCGUACAACCACAACGUUGAUACAUCCCGAGAGCACUACCCAUCCGUCAUCACAACCCGAUCCUACGAUGAACGACUUCAAACUUUGUCAAACGUUCGAAACGCUGGCAUCAAUGUGUGCUCAGGCGGUAUAUUGGGUUUAGGUGAGAAACCGGAGGAUCACGUUGGCCUGAUCUACACCGUCUCGACUCUCCCAGCUCACCCAGAGUCAUUCCCGGUCAACGCUCUGGUCCCGAUCAAAGGCACACCCCUUGGCGACAGCAACAAGGAACGCAUAUCAUUUCAUGCCAUUCUGCGAACCAUUGCUACUGCUCGACUUGUCAUGCCGGCCACAAUUAUCCGUAUCGCUGCAGGACGAACAACCAUGAGUGAGGCCGAACAGAUUCUGUGCUUUUCCGCCGGUGCCAAUGCUGUGUUCACUGGAGAGAAGAUGUUGACCACGGAGGCAGUUGGCUGGGAUACUGACAAGGUCAUGUUUGAGAAAUAUGGGCUGGUUCCAAUGAAGCCAUUUGAGCGCGGAGCAUAUCGCGAGACCAGUUGGUCUUCAAUGAAGGCCGAGACUGCAGUUGUCGACCCAGUAGCGUCAAAAUCCUCCACAGCCGAGAUUCCAGCUGCUGUAUAGUGAUGGCAUCCACAGCAAGACGAUUCAACAGUAGAUGGAGGCAAACCCCGACGGAAGUACUUGCGCUCAGGAGCAGAGGCUUCGCUUUCAACACAAGCAAACCGUCGACUAUCGGGGCCCUGCGUCGGCACCAUUUUUCGUAUUCAGUACAGAUGGCACUCGCCGCCGGCACUCAUAUCUCAUGUUGUCCAUGUUCUUGGCCACUGAGGUACCAUGACUUUCAUCAGUUUCGCCCUCUUGGCCAAAGGUUAAGAGAGUAUGCACUGCCACGAGAAGACGGAAUCUGACCACGUCAUAUCCCAAGGUGCUUCCGCCAUUGUGGGAAAAGGGGACACGACCAGAUAAUUUGAGCCACAUCUGGAAAAGUCGGAUAAACCUGUUCGUCGUGUGUCUCCAGCCACACACAGACCGAGCUCUAAUGAUAUAUAAUAGUACCGACUGAAUGGUAGGGCCGAAAUUUGCGCAGUCGACGCGACAGCCUAUGGUUUCAUGGUCAAGUACAAUAAUGUGCAUUGAACGCAUUCACUCCACGAGCACCGGCGGUAACAGCAGAAUUGACGUCAUGGUGCAAACUAUGU